CCUCGACUUCCGUUUCAUGAGUCUGACCGGCGCUGCUCGUGCGUUUUGUGUUGGUUCAACGUGCGUUGCUUUAAUAUAAAGUUUCACUCGCUAAUAUAACACAUUGUGGAGUAAAGUGCCCGCGAAGUACGCACUAUGGCCACGUGCAUACUUGGACGAGUAGUUAACGGCGCUCAUUACUCCUUGAAGGUACUUGUUCACAAGCAAAAUGGUGCGUCGAGGUUGUGGCUGCAAAAGUGCAAUUUUGCGGCGCCAUCGCCGAUGGCGAAAAAGGUUUUUCAGCGUGAAAAGCCUCACUGCAACAUUGGCACCAUAGGGCACGUUGAUCACGGUAAGACCACGCUCACGGCUGCCAUAACUAAAGUACUGGCCGAAGAGAAGCUGGCUGCUAUGAAGAAGUACGAAGAAAUCGACAAUGCACCCGAAGAACAGGCCCGUGGUAUCACGAUUAACGUCGCCCACGUAGAGUACUCAACACGAAACAGACACUACAGCCACACAGAUUGCCCCGGCCACGCGGAUUACAUUAAAAACAUGAUCACCGGUACAUCUCAGAUGGACGGGGCCAUCCUGGUUGUCGCCGCCACAGAUGGUGCGAUGCCUCAAACGAGAGAGCACCUUUUGCUCGCCAAACAGAUCGGGAUAGAACACAUAGUUGUGUUCUUGAACAAGGCUGACGCAGCAGACAAGGAGAUGUUAGAAUUGGUUGAAAUUGAACUGCGUGAGCUCCUCACAGAGCAUGGCUACAAGGGGGACGAAGUCCCCAUCAUAACUGGCUCUGCCCUGUGUGCACUGGAAAACAAAGAGCCAAGCAUUGGCAAAGAAGCGAUCUUGAAACUCUUGGAAACGGUCGACCAGCACAUCCCAGAUCCAGUCCGUGACCUGGACAAGCCGUUCCUGCUCCCCAUCGAAAGUGUCUAUUCCAUUCCGGGACGUGGAACAGUUGUGACCGGGCGCUUGGAACGUGGGGUCCUGAAGAAGGGUAUGGAAUGCGAGAUUAUGGGCUACAACAAGCAAAUCAAGACGACAAUCACGGGCAUCGAGACUUUCCACAAGACCCUCGAGGAUGCUCAAGCAGGAGAUCAGCUCGGUGCGCUGAUUAGAGGCAUCAAAAGGGACGAACUUCGUCGAGGAAUGAUGUUGGCCAAGCCGGGCACAAUGACACAGUACGAUCAUUUCGAGGCACAGAUCUAUGUGCUAAAGAAAGAAGAAGGGGGUCGAGAGAAGCCGAUCCUGAAGAACUACCAGCCACAAAUGUACUAUAAGACAUGGGACUGUAAUACGAGGAUUACCGUGCUAGACAAGGACAUGAUCAUGCCUGGAGAAGAUGCUAAGCUAAAUGUGAAGCUGAUCAAGCCCAUGGUGCUUGAACAAGGUCAGCGGUUCACGAUUAGAGAUGGAAGCAAGACGGCUGGCACUGGCGUGAUCACAAAAGUGCUUCAGAACCUCACCGUCGAGGAAAGGAUGGACCUGGGGAAGUCUGCGAAGAAGAAGGAGAAAGAGGCGCAGCAAAAGGCACAGCAAAAGUGAAAAAUUUUGAAUGUUUUGCAUCACAGGGACAUGCAUAGAUUUGUUUUAGAUUUAUAAUUACAGCGAAAUAAAGUUUGUUUUCUUUGCCAUUGUAA